AACCAGAGAUCACGGCCAACCGUUACGUUUUCGCUGCUGCCACUCCUUAUCCUCCCUCACAAUACCCCAACCCUAACGCUCCCCCGUAUUACCAGUACCCGGGUUAUUAUCCGCCUCCUCCGCCUGCGUCUAUGCCGGUGCCCCUCCCGGCUCCGUACGACCAUCACCACGCCGCGCCGCAUGCCAAUUGGGUUAACGGUCGGUACCCCUAUGGCCCCAUGAUGCAGCCUCAGCCGCCGCCUCCGUACGUGGAGCAUCAGAAGGCGGUCACUAUUCGGAAUGAUGUUAACUUGAAGAAGGAGACUCUAAGAAUCGAGCCUGAUGAGGGGCAUCCCGGAAUGUAUCUCGUUGCGUUUACAUUUGAUGCCACGGUGGCGGGAAGCAUUACCAUAAUUUUCUUUGCUAAGGAGGGUGAAGAUUGUUGCUUGACUCCAAUGAAAGAGAACUUACUUCCACCUAUCACGGUUCAUUUUCAACAAGGUUUAGCCCAGAAGUUUAAACAACCCGCUGGAACCGGGAUAAAUCUUUCAAUGUUUGAGGAGGGAGAAUUGUUGAGAGACGGGGACAUGGACGUCUAUCCUCUAGCUGUUAAGGCCGAGGCGUCUCCAGACGACCAAAGUGGAAACUCUGACAGCGGAUCCACAAACUCCCAGAUAACUCAGGCUGUGUUUGAGAAGGAUAAAGGUGAAUAUCAGGUUAGGGUGGUCAAGCAAAUAUUAUGGGUGAAUGGCAUGAGAUAUGAAUUACAAGAGAUAUAUGGCAUUGGGAAUUCUGUUGAGGGUGAUUUUGAUGGGAAUGAUCCUGGAAAAGAAUGUGUCAUAUGCCUUUCUGAACCCCGAGACACUACUGUCCUUCCUUGUCGACAUAUGUGUAUGUGCAGCGAGUGUGCGAAAGUUUUAAGGUUCCAGACAAACAGGUGUCCAAUAUGCAGGCAGCCGGUUGAGCGCCUUUUAGAGAUCAAGGUCAACAAUGGUACUGAAGAAUGAUGAAAAUAAUCUAAUGCUGGCUCUGAUUCUGUAAAGUUUUUGUUUGAUUGUAAUUUUUUACUCUUUUUUCCUUCCUCCUGGCCAUGCCCUCAUUGCCCUGUACCUGCACUUCCGGGACUUCAAUAAUCAGAUUGGAAGCCUCUUUGGUAGGCAAAUGUGUUUGUAGUACACUAUGAUCUUAUUAGCCUAUUAAUUUCUUUCAAGAAUGAUUUCAGAAAAGCA